CGCCGCUCUCGCGUAGAGUCCUCGCCUUUUUUUUUAUACACAAUUAAGUAAAUAAACUAGCUUCUUUGUCUUAAUUAGGACCAUUACCCGAAGGCAGCGAGUGAAACAACAGUCACUGUUUAUCGUGGUAUGCUGUUUGAGUAGUGGCUGGGACUGUAGCAGGCAUUUUAUUACCCAUUUUAACUUUACUAAGCGGCGUUUUCCGCCGUUUUUUUCCUCUCCGCCUCCCCGCUCCGCUCACUCUCCCCCCCGUGUGUGUGUGCGUGUGUGUGUGUGUGCGUGUGUGUGUGAGUAGCGGCCUGUAACGGUGGUUUGGCCACGAGGCGAGUCGGUACAGUUGGAUCAGGGCGAUGGCGGAGUUCGGUAACGGACUGGCGGAGGAGUCUCUACUAGAUUCAGACCCCGGACAUCCCGAGCUGGAAGACCCGGGUGUCGGCGACGAAGAACCGGGGUUAGAAGAGGGAGAGGCCGCGAUUGAAGACCCGGAGCUGGAGGCAAUCAAAGCCCGGGUGAGAGAGAUGGAGGAAGAGGCAGAGAAGCUGAAGGAGCUACAGAACGAGGUGGAGAAACAGAUGAAUCUCAGCCCCCCACCAGUCGGUCCUGUCAUCAUGUCUAUCGAGGAAAAGAUGGAAGCAGAUGGCAGAUCUAUUUAUGUCGGAAAUGUGGACUACGGUGCCACAGCAGAAGAGCUCGAGGCUCACUUUCAUGGCUGCGGUUCAGUAAACAGAGUCACCAUCCUAUGUGACAAAUACACAGGGCAUCCUAAGGGGUUUGCCUAUAUUGAGUUUGCAGACAAAGAGUCUGUUAGGACAGCCAUGGCUUUGGACGAGUCCCUUUUCAGAGGAAGGCAGAUAAAGGUGGGCGCUAAGAGAACAAACAGACCAGGCAUCAGCACCACAGACCGCGGCUUUCCACGGGCUCGAUUCCGAUCACGGGGAGGAAGCUUCUCGUCACGUGCGCGCUACUACAGCGGCUACACGCCACCCAGAGGCAGAGGACGGGCCUUCAGGGGCCGAGGGCGAACAACAUCGUGGUUUCAGGACCAGUGGAGGCUGACGACCCCUCCCCAGGUGGCGCAGGCCCCCCCCACUGUCUCUGCAGCGUCUCUCUCUCUCUCUGCUCCCGCUAUGCACACUCACCCCAUCCUGUCCGUGUGGGGGGGUGGGGGAGGGGGGCAGGGCGACCAUAGGCCCGCCGCAGGGGGCAUUUACUACAACAGCAAACGCUGAUGAUGCUUUUAGUCCUUUUCACACCUCAACUUGCGCACCCACACACACACACAUACACAUACACAUUUAGACUACAAACACACACACACACACACAC